CCACCAUGUUGGCUGACUUCUUUUUCUAUCUUUUAUCAUACACAAUGCGGUGAUCCUUUGAUUCUACGAGAAUGCUGCUGCCAAAGAUCUUCGUCGGGUCUAUACACAGGUCCUUUCGGGCGACACAAAGGUCGAUAGGGCUGUCAAUCCGACAAUCUUCCACAAUACCUACGCCUUCUAGGUAUGAGGGAAGGGUGCCGAGAUACCUCAGCAUGAAAGAUUAUGUUGGCGAUCGGUACAAGGGCAACUUCAAGGUUGCAACUUUUUCCGGACAACCCAAACUUAAUUCACAACAGCAACAACUACCUCUCCAAAAUUUCGUCGACAGAGCCAUCGUUCAGGAUGGAAUUAGAGCAAGUCACAGCCUUAGAGAGAUGUGGCUGGAUUUGGGAUAUGAACAUCAGCAAUUCUUUACACAUGGAUCCUUUGCAACAGAUCCACUCUUCAUUCAGAUGUCGCCGGAGUCUGAAAGUUCGAUCCUGCAAGUUUAUCGUAUAGUGUCAAAAGUACUACCGGUAAUCCCACGAGGAGUGACUGAGCUUCUGUUCGAACGAUAUUACCUUUUCGGCCUCCACUCUUAUUCUGAGCAAUUACUCGACAUCGUUGGAGGUCUGGACAGUCUUACCAGCAUCAGCCGGUCACAAUUGCUUGGUACUAGACUGAAAUGUCGGAGAUUCAGAGAUUAUUGGGAAGCAUUCGCAGAGUAUAAAAAAAUGCGUGAUUGGUGUUUGGAAAGAGGAAUCCGAGAGAUCUUCCCCUCUGGUAAAUGGUUUCGGAUAUUCUACAAUUUGAUAAAAGUGGACAUUUACGACAUAGAAAGCACUCUUUCUCUGCCAGUAGAAAUUUUCGAGGAGCUGAUGACAGACUACGACAAUCUCGCACAAGCAGAAGAGCAUAUAAGACUUAGGAUGAUUACGCUCGCUCUGAACCAUUAUGGCAAAAGCGCAUCUAAAGCUGUUGGAUCGAAAUGGCGCAUGUAUCAUCAGCAGGUCGUCCUUACCAUUCAUGAAGGAUUGGUGAAACGCUAUGGCGACGAUUUGAAUGGCAACGUUAUUGCUUUCACCUCUUUACUCGAAGCAUAUGGUCGUGCAGGCCUGUUUAAUUCAGCUAUAGAGAUAUGGAAUCAGAUGGUCAACUCGAAUGUCGAGAUUGAUGCUGCUACACUCGCGACUAUAUUUGAUAUUUGCGGACUCAACGGUCGUCUGCCAGACGCAAUCAAAAUCUUUGAAUGGUUGCAGCAUGGCGAACGUUUCUUAGAGCUAAUGGAAAAAAACAUUUGGGAUUCAUGGUUAGAAUGCUUGUGCAGAUGUGGCGCACUUCAGGAAGCCAAGGGCUUUACAUUUCGUCUCAUGGAGCCGAAAUUGCGAGAACGAGCAGAAAUGUACAAGAACGCGGAGACGAUGAGAGCAGCCACUAGGACCAAGAAUAUGUAUUAUAAAAGGAUAGAAAGCGAACUGACGAAGGAAAGUGAUCUCAAACAUCCCGACAAGCAAGACAUAGUAUUUCAGUCGCAACAGCUUCGGAAAUAUUCAUCGAAAGGUCUUUCAACGUACGCACCGGAUGCCAAAACUUUCACUUUGCUACUAGGUUUCUCCCAUGUUAAGCACAAACACGAUUCUUACGGUUUCACUCAUCCUGAACUGCACACUGAACUCUUACAACGAUUAUAUCAAGAUUACCCUGACCUUGUGCCUUUCAUCAAUAAGCAGGUACUCGUACCAAUAUAA